AGAGACUGGAGGGGAGGUUAUGGCGGGAGAGACGAAAACAGCUUCCGGGCCGCAUGGCUGUCGCCUCCUGUUGCGGGUUGUGGUUCUUUCGAUCCUGGCGCGCGGCUCCGAUGAAGUAUUGUUACUUAAAGAACAUCAAAUACAUGUAUAUAAUUUGUCUGAAAAGUUUUGCUACUCAAAUAAAGUGAUCCCAAAAUGGCAUGAUAUAUGGACCAAAAUUCAGAUCCGAGUAAACAGCACCAAGAUGAUUCGGGUCAUCCAAGCUGAAAAUGAGGAAAAGCUGAAAGAACUGGAUGGAUUUAGUUUAUGGAUCUAUAUUGGCUUGCUCUUCAAAGAGAAGCUUAAUGACACUUACAUUAAUGUUGAUAUUUUCAGUAAAGAAACCUGCUUGAAAGUUGAGCUUCUAGACCCACACUCCACAUACACCAUCAGUGUUACUCGUACACUUGAUCCCAAGCUCUUCAUUGUUACAUUUCUGGGCCUUCUGCUGUUUUUCUGUGGUGAUUUGAUGAGUAGAAGUUCAGUCUUCUUCUAUUCAGCUGGAGUAAGCAUUGGCAUGCUGAGUUCAUUGCUCAUUGUUGUCUACGUAGUAUCCAGGUUUGUCCCCAAGAAGAGCCCUAUCUAUCUCAUGAUUCUGGGAGGCUGGUCUUUUUCUAUUUACCUUACCCAGUUGGUCUUCAGAAAUCUGCAGGAAAUAUGUACAUUGUACUGGGAAUAUCUACUUGGCUACCUGGUCAUCGUAGGGUGUGUAAGCUUCGCCAUGUGCUACAAAUAUGGUCCUCUGGAGAAUGAACGGAGUAUAAACCUCCUCACUUGGGGUCUGCAGUCUUUCGGCUUGCUUCUCCUUUACCUGAGCAUUCAGAUACGACAUAUUGCCGUCAUCUUAAUUGUAAUUGCAAUCUGCACUAAAAACAUGGAGUACCCAGUCCUAUGGGCCUAUGCCAUCUACAGGAAGGUGUUCACAACUCCAGAAAAGCCUAGCCCGCCACGUCUGUUGACUGAGGAGGAAUAUCGGAUCCAGGGGGAGGUAGAGACACGCAGAGCCUUGGAACAAUUGCGGGAGUACUGCAGCAGUCCGGAAUUCUGUGCAUGGAAAGCAGUCUCCCGCAUCCAGUCUCCAAAGAGAUUUGCUGACUUCAUAGAAGGUGCCUCACAUGUCAUCCCCAAUGAGAUUUCUGUCCAUGAGCAGGAGUAUGGGUUGGGGGGUUUCUUUCUAGAGAAUCAACUCUUUGAAGAGGAAGAUGAGGAAGGAGACUCCAGUUUUGAUGAGGAUUGUGUGGACGCAUCAUGGCCCCAGAAUCACCUAAAUUUUCAAGAUAAAACUGGCCACUGUUGAUGCAAAUGGAUUGACUGAUGCCCCUUAUUGAUCCCCAGGUUUACUGUCUUCUGCUACAAUGGAGGAUUGCUAUAGAAAGCCUUUUCUGUAUGGCAUUGCUUAAGUAGCUGCAUAGGCUUGGCAAUCUGAGUGGACGGCGUAUGACAGGCCCCUAAAGACCUGCUAUCUGUUCCAGACCAUGACAUGAUCAUGAACUGCACUAUACUUGGGAUAUACCUCAAUAUCCUGGACUAAAUGUCUUAUGAACUACAAGUUGGUCGGAACCUAAGCUGUCAGCUGUGAGUAGGCUAAGGAGUAGGAAUAUGGAAAGCUUAUAAAUCGUUACCAAAAGCCAAGGAAUAAUGACAAAUUAUGUUGCCUUGAUAAAAAAACAGGCUUCCUGAACAAAGGUUUGAAAGUCCAGCUGAAUUUGAUAGACAUAUCCUAAUUUUGUGCCAUGUCUCCUUCCUGGAAAGCAGUAGAUGCUGCUCUUUGAAGUUUGGUUUUCCAGGGCGCCAACAAAGAUUUGUGGGCGUGCUGCUCUUGCUCCAGUGACUGCACAUUUCACUUGUUGGCUUAAUUGUUGCCUCCUAGGUUCAGUACAUGGUAAGUCUGAGGCUAUUGCUUGUUGCAGAAUGCAUAAUGAGCUCUCUAGGAACCAGCAAGUGGCUAGGCCUCCCAGGGAGGUCUCUCCCCUCCUAUACCUGAGAAUUGCACAAAUAGAAAUAUUUUAAAUUAUAUAACUCAGGAAGGGGGUUGCUUCAACUAAAAUACUUCCUGUAGAGAUCCCACGUGUUCCCUGUUGUAUAAUAUUGCUUGAUUUAUUUGUAGCCUUUUUGGUGAGGUUGUGCAAAACACACCAUACCAGAUAAGGGCCACUUUCAGUUUGGAGAAUUAAUUUCUGUAUGGCUGGAUCAGAGUGAUCUGGAGGAGAAACAACAUUUUGGAACGCUGAGUUUUGUACAAAACUGCUUUUUGGAAACCAAAGCUUUGUGAUCUUCAGCAAACCCACCAUGGUUCAGAUUUAAAUCAUCUUACUUGUUUUUGCCCUAGUAGUCCUCAAUGGUACUGUAAUCCUGUGAGAAAAUUCAGUUGUAUCUGGAUAAGGAUAAGGCAAUAAACUCAUAGUAGGUGUUUAUACCCAUCCAAAAUGUUUGUAUUUAUAGCCAUCCAAAAUUUAUUAACUCAUAAAUUGGACAUGUAAUUAUGCUUUUCAGUUUCUAUUACCCCCACCCUCACUUCUUGUGAGGUUUGAAAGAGCUCUAAUACUCCAUUCUUCUAUUUUCAGACCCUGUCUGUUUCCUAGUCACCAAACUGAUCACUCAGUUUGGUUACGCAAGGAUCUGUUACAGUAUUUUAAUCAAGAUCAGAGUUGGUUCCAAAAACCAGAAGAUAGGGAAAACUGAUCAAACAAUAAAGCUGACAUACUACUUUUUCCUGUUUGAAAUGUAAAGAAAAGGCUGUGCUCCAUACUGUAUGUACACUGAUUGUGUAAAAUGAUGAAACCAAUGUGUAACAUUAAGUAUGUCAACAGAUUUAAUCUAUGCAGUACAACUUUACUUAAUUUGGGAUGUAAGCCAUGAAGGUCUUUUGAACAGAAUAAAAUCUCCCUCCCAAAUGGUCAACGCUAGUACAAACAUAACUAAGUUUUUAGUCAGUGAACAAACAGAGGGUAUUUUAAUGUUUUCUAACUUGAGUUGUGAACUUUUUAAUAAAAAGUAUGUUUUUGUUUAGUAGGAAAUGAAGUUUCUUUGUAUUAUGUCACUUGGGAAGCGAGGAGGCCUAAUCCUGCUUACUCUCAUUAGUACUACAACUUGCAUAAUUCAUCCGCAAACAAACAUCUGAUAUCCCCUUGACUAUGAAAAGUUUCUGCCAUUAAAGAUUUCCCCUGGUUGUUUGUGGUGUUGUCCUGGAGCAUUGUGUGUGGCAUACAGUGAGUGAACUUGGCAAUGGGCUUCCGAAAGUGAAAAAGAAAUGCCUUGGUCCUCAAAAAUGCUUCCAUGAGCCAUUCGCUGACAUAGCUUGGUCAGAGUGCAGAGAGAUCUUUCCUAACAGACACACUCAGUUUUACAACUGAUUUCAUUGAGAGGUGCUCAGUGAGGAUAGGUGAAAUGAGUUAUGAACAGCACCUUUAUGUUUUGCUUGAAUUUGGCAAAUGGAUGGUUGACAAACCUGAUUCAGUAGUUUCUAGCUCACGUUACGUUGUUGCUGCUUUCGACUGACCUAUCAUUCUACAUGCUUAAAGGUCCUUCUUUCGAACUCUGUAAAUCAACCCUUUGCAAUGCCUGAAACAUCUCCCCCACUCCUGUGUUCAAAAAGCUUCUAUAUGGCAUCCUUCCCCUUCGUGCCUCCACAGCUCUUAACACCAAAGGAUUUGCAGAUGUCAGUCCUUGUGGUCAAAUCUGCCUCACUGUUUCUCCCUUCUCUAAUUCCAACACAAAAGGAAGUUAUGGAUGGUAUAGAUGAGUGGUCUGGCUUUUAGGAUUAGCUGACUAUCUGAGAUCGUUGCUCAUUUUCGGGAUACUCUGCCAGCGAAGUUCAACACAUGUUUUAGGAUGUCUAGCUUAGGACAGGUAAGCUAUUGACAACUGAUUUAAUUCAGGAAUUGUGUUAAGAAUUCUUUGUUAGCUGGAAUGGGAUGACUGCAUAAAGUGUUAUUGGAUAAUAGCUUUUUUAAAGUUGCAGACUAGCUUUCUGUGCAGUAUGCUUUUAAUUUAAGAGGGCAAGGCUCAAGUCCACAUAUCUUUAACCACCAACGGUCUGACCUUCAGAGCUUUCAUGCUUGAGCAGUUACUCGUAUUUAAAGCUCACAUUUAAAAUAUUAAAGGUUAACAAGUCUUGUUUUCAGUAUCUAAAAAGACCUGUGAUUCUGAGGCUGCUAUGCUAUGUCAUUUAUCACUUACUUGAUCAUAAAUUAUAGUUUCAGUUCAAUAUGGAUGUAGGCCUGUUCAGAUGUUCCUGUCUAAACCAGCCCGAGACUACAACAUGGGAGUUGUAAUAAUGCGCAAAGAAUCAAAUGGUCAUGUGUUGUAUUUCAGCGCAACAAAGAAAGAGCAAAAUCUUAUCUGAAAGGAAUGGGAGAGAAGUGAAGAUAAUGGAGUUUAAAUGUGCAUUAUAAUGUGGUUUAUUAGUUGUGAAAGUAGCCAUUGUGAAUUAUAAAUCAUGGUUUAUCGGUUAACGUGAUAUGUGAACUCAGCCAGAAGCAGAGAUGUGAGCCAGACCAUUUUCCCACUUUAGGUACGUUUUGCAGUUUCAAAUAAUCUUUGUUUUCCUGGUGGUUGUUCACUACAACUGCAUAUUGUUUUAUUGCCCAACGCUGUGCCCAAUAUUCCAAUAAUUUUCUCCACGAAGCUUUUAAUGUAAUGUUCAUGGUGCCAAAUGGGCUAGAUUUGAUUAUUUUUUCACUUUAAAUCAUGUAGCCCAAAUACUUGUGCAGACUAUGGAUACUGAGAUGAACACUAUCCUGAUUCAAAAAUUUCCCCCAAACCCACAGUUCUAGCCACAAUUAUUUUUUGUAUUCAUUCCCAUGCCGCCACCCCUUUUUCAAUUUUGGGAAGGAGGUUGUCUUACACUUGCAUGCUUCUCUAUUUCAGGGAGUUACUUAGGGAUUUAAAUUGUCUUUUGGAGGAGCAUCCAGGAGAUUGAUACAACAAAUGCUGUGUUUUAAUUAAAAAAAAAAAGGUUCUUUGUUAGCUGGAAUGCUAGAUCCAUUGUGUUGAUAUGUAAGAGAGCAUCCGUUUGGACAGCCUGCCCGUCUUGCCAGCUGCAUAACUGGGGCCUUUUCUUUGCUUCUCCAUUCCAUCUUUCUAAACUAGCUUUGUUUUCAGAUCUCUAUCCAGCAAAACACUGACACCGAUAGCCUCUUAAGGGCCCAUUUAGAACUAAAUAAAACCUCUCAAUUAUUAACCAGAUACCUCAUGUUUUAUAAGUAAGCAAUCUGUCAGUUAUAAAGAACAAUUAAUUCCACCUGCCAGCAAAUAUUACAUUUUGAAUGCAACACAGUGUUUUAAAAAGCUCUCCCCCAAAGAAAUAAGUUUAGCUUCCUUGCAUCAGGGAUUUAAAAUAUCACCAAAUCGUUCACUAAACGUGGUGGCAUAAUCAUCAGAUUUAUUGAAAUCAAGGAUAGUAAAACAUAUAGAAAUUGAGACCUAUCUGUUUAAACACAUUAAAUUAAAGCAUGUUAUGGCAAAUAGAGGCAAUCCAUCAUCCGCUGCUUCUCGUGUGGAAGGCAGCUUCAGGUUUUCCUGUCAUCCAGAGAGCUCUUUACAGGAUAUGCUGGGGGAGAGCCAUGAAGUAGAACAGAGGGGAGAGUGUGCGACAACAUGAAAGCUACAGCUAGAAGUUCCAUAAACCUCGUUUCCAGUAUCCUGCAGCACUUUCACUCUCUUGCUUAAAUUGUAGAUGUAGGCCAUGUGAAAACCUGGCCAAAUUCAAUUUUACUUCCUCCUAUGUUGCCCUUAAUGGGUACUACGGUCAUGCUGUUAAAAUCCCU